CCCGUACUGCGGUCAGGGCCAUCUUUGGUUGUUCUCGCCGGUCGCGACUCGCACCACAGUCAGUGAACAAUUGUGAUACGUAUCAAAUCAUUCGAGCGAUAACUGUUUGCAAAGAGUUCGUUUUACUGUCGGCAAUAGGACAACAGACUGAUUCUGCAUAAAUAUUUCAUUGCAUCAACACCGUUUUGCAGAUUUUUUUUGCAGCGGAAAUUUGGCUAAAGAAGGGAGAUCCACUGUAAUACAACAUGGAUGAGGAAUAUGAUGUUAUCGUAUUGGGCACCGGACUCACAGAAUGUAUUCUCUCUGGGAUCAUGUCCGUGAAUGGGAAGAAAGUUUUGCAUAUGGACAGAAAUCCAUACUACGGUGGUGAAAGUUCCUCUAUCACACCCCUGGAGGAGCUCUAUAAGAGAUUUGGAAUUUCAGACAGCCCCCCAGAGUCAAUGGGCCGAGGAAGAGACUGGAAUGUGGACCUUAUUCCUAAAUUCUUAAUGGCCAAUGGUCAGUUAGUUAAGAUGCUUCUAUACACUGAAGUGACCAGAUAUCUUGACUUCAAAGUGGUUGAGGGAAGCUUCGUGUAUAAAGGGGGAAAAAUCUACAAAGUGCCCUCUACUGAGACAGAGGCACUGGCUUCAAACCUAAUGGGAAUGUUUGAGAAGAGACGUUUCCGGAAGUUCCUAGUUUUUGUGGCCAACUUUGAUGAGAACGACCCCAAGACCUUUGAGGGUGUCGAUCCCAAACUUACAACAAUGGGAGAAGUGUACAAGAAGUUUGACUUAGGACAGGACGUCGUAGACUUCACGGGACAUGCCCUGGCCCUCUACAGGACAGAUGAUUACCUGGAGCAGCCGUGUCUGGAGACCAUCAAUAGGAUCAAACUCUACAGUGAAUCUCUGGCACGUUACGGAAAGAGCCCCUACCUGUACCCCCUGUACGGAUUGGGGGAGCUGCCUCAGGGGUUUGCUAGGUUAAGUGCUAUUUAUGGAGGAACAUACAUGCUGAACAAACCAGUGGAUGAGAUAGUGAUGGAGGGAGGACAUGUGGUGGGCGUGAAAUCAGAAGGAGAGGUUGCCCGAUGCAAACAGCUCAUCUGUGACCCAAGCUACAUAGCGGACCGUGUGCACAAAGUAGGCCAGGUGAUCCGGGUCAUCUGCGUCCUCAGCCAUCCCAUUAAAAACACUAAUGAUGCCAAUUCCUGCCAGAUCAUCAUCCCUCAGAACCAGGUUAACCGCAAAUCAGAUAUCUAUGUUUGCAUGAUCUCCUACGCCCAUAACGUGGCGGCUCAGGGGAAAUACAUUGCCAUCGUAAGCACCACUGUGGAAACCUCUGAUCCUGAAGCUGAAAUCGAACCUGCUCUGGAACUCAUCGAGCCCAUUGACCAAAAGUUUGUGGCCAUCAGUGACAUGUAUGAACCCACAGAUGAUGGGACAGACAGUCAGAUAUUUGCAUCCCGGUCCUACGAUGCCACCACUCAUUUUGAAACAACUUGUAACGACAUCAAGGACAUCUACAAGCGGAUGACAGGCAGUGACUUCGACUUUGAGAACAUGAAGCGUAAACAGAACGACGUCUUCGGCGAGGACGAGCAGUGAGGGGUGGAGAAGUGACAGAGGAGUGGAGAGGCAAUGUUCAGAUGGAGGGCAGAGAUGGGGCGGGCUGAACGGGAUUUACUGGGCUGGGUUCAGAGGUCACGCAGAACAGAAUCGACAAUGCAACGACGUUGUAAAUCUCUUUCAACCAGCCUUAUCUUUCCCAGAGUGCUCUUUGCUCAUUGUCUCCACACCCCUUCGGUGUCUCUGUUCAGAUACUAUUACAGCACACAGACACACAAACGCUCUAUCGCUCACAUUCCACAACUCUGCACUACAAAGUGGGCUCACACCAACAUGCUACUUUAGAUUCUUACACAAGCAGUAUGCAUCGUUUGCGCAAAAUAUCCUGUUGAAGUGAAACACGUGUCUUUUUGUUCUCUGAAUAUCGUCUUUGACUGAAGCCCAUACAUGUGAACGAUUCCUUGAAUAUUGAAGGAGAUUUAAAACAUUUUCUCUUCCACUUUCGUGAUGUAUCCCCAACAGUCCUCAGACUGUUAGAUAGCAUACUGUCGUCACUUUGACAUUUAACAGCUUCAUGUGAACAGCAGCCUUCCUGUUCUUUAGGAAAGUGUCACUGACAAAA